AAGAAAACAAGGAAAGAAAAGGGGGAUUAAGCCAUUUUGGGUCUAAAUUCGGAUAUGAGCCAAUUUGCAUGACCCAGUUCCCUUAAAAAUGCCCUGCCCACUUCUCUAACCUACCCAAACUCCUUACCCUUUUAAUUAAAACCUAGACUUAGACCUAUGUAGAGAUCAGAUUUUUAGACAGAAAAAAAUCUUUCCUCACCCCUUAAAAGAGGCUCCAUUUCCAUCAGCUCUAGGCAGCUCCCUUUCCCUUCUUCUUUCUCUUGUUUUUUCCUUAAAAAACCAUAGGGACUCCCCAUAUCUCCCUCAAAAUCAGAUCCCCAUUUCUUUGGAAAAUCGAUUUCAGCCAAAAAUGGCUGCUUCAAAAACUUCUACUCCCUCCCACUGAAAAAGAAACGCUACCAGCUUUCCCCUUCUCUAAACAAACGGCUGAAACAAAGCUAAGGUUUCAAAUGAAGAUCUGAAAAUCACAAAGCUGAAAAAACCAAAAGAAGAACUGAUAUUUCUAAAAGAAGAUUGAAGAAAACUUAAUUUCGAAAUUCAACUCCUCCUUUUCUGGUUUGUACGAGUUGUGGAAGUUGAUUUCAUGGGUCUGAAAUUUUGCUGCUCUACUGCUGAUUCACUGCGUUGCUAGCUCCGAUUUCUGAUGUCGGCCUUUACUCGGCUUUUUCCUUUUCUAAAUUUGAACUUUGUGCAGCUAGGUCUGGAACGAAAUUUGGAGGGGAGGGAGUCACAAGAGAAGAGAAAAGACAAAAAGCAAAAGCUAAAAAAGGAAAGAGAGGGGGAAAACAAGAAAAUGCUAGAUCGGGAAAGGAACAAAAAAUGGAGAUUAAAGCAAAAUUGAGAGCAAUUUUUUCGUAAAAAACACGGAUAUCGAGGUCAUCCGAGUUCCGCAUCCUUUAGCUUCACAUAUGUUUUCUCUGCGUUUGCAUUGGGUUUUGAGAUUUACAAUUGUAUUGGUUGGUUUAUUUGGGAUUUCUUCUCAAUACAUUGGAAAAGUUUCAUAAUAUUGAUAAAAAGGGAGAAACUCCAGAAUUUUCAGCUUCAUAUUUCAUGGUCUAGUACUUUCUUGGCUCAACCAUGGAUGCCCCGUGGGAAGAAUCUCCUGAUGCGGGGAUGCAUGUCAAAGCCGGAGAUGUGCUCGAAAGGCUCCCAACCAUUUUUGAGAGAGUUCCUGAGGUUGAUGCUUCCCUCAUCUUUAGUGAAAUGAGCAGGCUUUGCAAGCAGGCCAAGGUGAUUUUCAAUCGGACUUUCACUCGGUGUCAGGUCGAGGUGAUCCGCCUCAAGCGUGAGAAGGCUCUCCUUACUGAGCAGUUUGAGAAGGAGCGUGCCCAGCUGAGGAAGGAGCUUCGGGCCAGAGACUUUGAAGUCUCUGAACUCAAAUGGCGUGAGAGAGAGAUAUCUUCCGAGAGGGAUUCCCUCUAGGAGAAGGUGAUAUUAGUUGGGCGUCAGCUUAGUGAGGCGUGGGAGGAUAGUGGCAAGUACAGAGGUUUCCAUUGUGAGCUGGUGGCUGCAUUAUCUAGGAUCAAGACCGAAGUCGAGACGCUUAUAUCUUUGCAUGGAGAAGAUGCCAUUGUGACAAGUGCCCAAGCCGGAGGGGCACCCGAGGGGGCCAAGAAAAGGUUGACUCGGGCUAUGGAUAUAUAUAUGUGGGGGAUAUCAUUUUGCCUGCUCAGUUUGAGAGAAUGGAGACCCUAGAGAACAGAAAUAAUGCCUUGCUUGCUUUAGGGGGUGCGCCGAGCAGUGGCUCAGGAGGUGAUAAAAGAGAAGGCGGACCCCCCUAAGGGGAAGAGGCCUUCGAACAGAGGCUUCUGAAGGACCCGUAGUCGUCGGGACGCAACCUUUGGUGGAGACACCAGAGACCUCCCUUUCGAUGGUAGAUUAAGAUUCUGUUUGGUCCUCUCUUUAUAAUGGUUUUUUCAAGACUUGUAAAUAUCCCCCUGGAGGUUAUAAGAAGGGUAUUUAUUUCUUGUUCCUUCCUGCC